AGCCCCUCUUCGGAGGCGGCGAGGAUCAUGGACUCGUCUCUGGCCGCAAGAGGCCUCAACCAAACCCCUCCUGCCUAUGAGACCCGUGAGGAAAUCAAUCCCGCCCUCUUGAUGAGCUGGUGGGCCACGGCCUUUUCUAUAGCCAUCAUCAUCGUUCGUCUAUGUGGCCGAUAUGUGCGCAUCGAGCGCUUCUUUCCAGAGGAUAAAGUGAUGACGCUCAGCAUGAUACCUCUCGUUUGUCGCAUGGUCUUGGUGCAUUUCGUCUUGAUCUAUGGAACAAACAACGUCCAGACGGCUGGGUUGACAGCAGAUGAGAUCUCCAAAAGAGAGCUCGGGAGUAAACUAGUGUUGGUUGCAAGAAUCUUCUAUGCGAUCUUUAUCUGGACGGCCAAGCUUACCGUCUGUGAAUUUCUGAAACGAGUCACUGGCAUAGUCUCAACACGAUCUACUGCAAUCUUCCUACGCUUUGUUCACUUCUUCCUAGCCUCAACCCUAGUAGCCGUCGUGAUCGCAACCCUGGCCGAAUGUCAACCAUUUGAUCACUACUGGCAGGUCGUUCCUAAUCCCGGUCCACGAUGUCGCUGCGGCUAUGCACAACUCAUCACCAUGGGAGCCUGCGACAUCAUAACCGACCUUCUCCUCAUCGCUUUUCCCGUCCCAAUCAUCAUCAUGUCCAAGAUGCCUGUAAAACGCAAAAUAGGCCUCGUCAUCCUAUUCUGUCUCUCCCUCCUCUUAGUAGGUAUCACAGGCUACCGAGUACCUUCCGUCAUCAAACGCAGAGGAAACCAACCCUACCGCUCCCUCAUCGCCUCCCUCGAGAUUCUCGCCGCAACAGCCGUCUCCAAUGCCGUCGUCAUCGGCUCCUUCGUCCGCGACCGCGGCGUCAAGAAACCCAAAUACAAGCGCGAUAUGGCCUCCGCAUCUGUCAGCGAAAGCCUCGAUAACAGCUACGUCCGCCGCAACACCGUCAUGCAGCACCAAUGGGGUAGCGAUUCCGAUCUUGCAGGUGGUCUGGGUAUCAGGCUAGACCCCAAGCUGCACCGCAGUGCGUCGUCGUCAGAACAAUCCCAUUCUAUACCUAUACCCAUGCCUGCCCCGCCGGUCCCAUUGCUGGUUGCGCGCACUGGCACUCUCGAUCCAUCAUGGUCUUUCCAGCAAGGCCGUUGCUUGGAUGAUGACCACGUCUCAACUACUGAUAGUCUUGAGAUGAAUGUUAGUCCGCGGGAGUAUAUCAAGACUAAUCAGUCUCCGCGGGAGAAAUCAGCGCGCUCUACUUCCUCGCCACGGGUAUCGUUCUUUGAUGUCGGCGGUCUAUUAGAUGAAGAUAAAGAGAGUCAUUCUCAUACAUCUCCGCGUGCAGAACAGGGUUUAUCUGUACCCAAUCGAUCGGAUCGUCCAUCUCGAGGAGGGAGGGCCUUCCUAGAGGAUCUGGGCGUUAUAUCUUCUCGAUCAGCUGGCCGGGCUUCUACACCUCGUUUUCUGUCGCCUCUUACCCCGAGUACGAACACUCGGCCUAUACAUACUCUCCCGCCUUACCGAGCUGCGUCCGAUGCCUCACUUGAUGUGAAUGUCGAGUUGCAGGAUGUAGGCGGGCUCUUAGCCAGGCACUCCCCGCCUGAAUGA